GCUUAACUGUACUGCCAGUUCCAUCCAUCAACUGCCAGCAUGAGCACACGCCAAUCAAAAACCAACUCAGACACAGACGUGUGUACCUCAGUUAGUGUGUUCGAUGUAGAGCCAGUAGUGGAGGAGACGGCAAUCCAUCGUAUUGUCAAUGUUUUUCAACCCUAUAUCCAGCCCUGUGUGGCUGAACUGGUGGGCUCCACGCUUUUCAUCUUCACUGGCUGCAUGUCUGUUAUAGAGAAUCCACAGGACACUGGGAGUCUGCAGCCAGCUCUAGCACAUGGCCUCGCACUGAGCAUCGUCAUUGCACUGUUUGGAGAGAUCAGUGGAGGUCACUUCAACCCCGCUGUCUCUGUAUCUGUUUACCUGAUUGGGGGUCUUAAUGUUAUUCUGUUGAUACCGUAUAUUAUGGCACAACUGUGUGGUGGACUCAUUGGAGCAGGUCUGGCUAAAAGUAUCUCACUAGCACACAAUUACUACAAUGCAUCUGGUGGUGCAUUUAACACAGUCCAAGAGCGAGCACAGGUUGAACCUGCAGUUAUAGCUGAGAUGGUAAUGUCAUUGUUCCUGACUAUGUCAGUGUGUAUGGGAGCGGUGAAUGGCAAGACACGUACCUUACUAGCUCCAUUCUGUAUUGGAUUGACAGUUGCUGCUGAUAUCUUAGCAGGAGGAGCAGUCUCUGGGGCAUGCAUGAACCCAGCACGUGCUUUUGGACCAGCAGCAGUAGCAAAUUACUGGACAUAUCACUGGAUCUACUGGAUUGGACCCAUAGCUGGUGCAGUGCUCACUGCUACUCUCAUUCGGCUGAUGCUGGGGGACGAGAAGAUUAGAGUGAUACUGAAGUAACCUGACAAAAAAAAAAAAUCAAUGUAAAUUAUGUCACUAGUUCUUCCACUAUGUCAUUUCUAAAUUGUUAAUCGUUCAGUUUUGGUACUUCAUAAUAAUACAAAAUAGUACCUAAUAUAGGCAACAGAAUAUAAUAUAAUAAGUAGAAUAGGUCAGAAUUUUGAGUAUUUCUCAAAUCUAAAAUAUUUUGAUUGAUUUGGUGUGACACUUACAUAUACACACAAAAACAAAUUACAUGUAAUUUUUUUU